GCAGCUCUCACUCUAAACUGGGACUUGCUCAGCCAGAGGUCGGGAGCCUGGAGCUGGGGCUAGAGCUGGAGCUGGAGCUGGGGCACGCAAGGCCAGGGGACCCUAGCCCCCACCCACUCACCCACCUCCUGCCUGCUGCACUGCCUUCCAGAUCAGCCACCCGCCUGCCCCUACCAUGGAGACCUUCUUUAGGAGACACUUAAAGCAGAAGAUGCCAGGCCCUGGAGAGGGGUAGCGGUGGCCCAGUGGUGUGGGGCUGCCCACAGGCAAGGCCCGGCGCCGCUCCCCUGCUGGACAGGCCUCCUCCUCUCUGGCACAGCAGCACCGCUCCAGUACACCACUCCAGGGCUGCCUCCUGGUCUGCAGGAUGGGAGCCCAGGGCAGCAGCCACCGGCGCUCCAGCACCAUGCCCCCCACCUGCAACCCCGCCUCAUUGUGGAUGAGGUGCCCACCCCACAACCUGUCACUGUUGGGGCCCAGCUUCUGGGUGCACCCCUGCUAUUUGCUGAGCUUGCGGGCAUGAAUGAGGAAGAGCAGGUCCAAGAGGAUGUGACAGUUGCAGCAUUGAGUGCCGCACAGCCAGGCACCAAAAGACUAGGGCCACCCUCCCACUGGGGCUCCCUUCCCCUGCUGCCCAUGCCUCAUUGCCUGUGUUGGUGGUGAGCCUCCUCCCGCCUGCUCUCUGCUGACAUGGUGUAUGACCGGGGCCUCUGGGGCCUGCAUGGUUACUAUUGGCGCCUCAGCCAGCAGCAGCCCUCAGCCCAGCACCCUGGCCCUGGGGGCCAAAGAGCCUCGGGCACUACAGCUGGCCCUGUGAUGCCUGCCCAAGUGUACCUGCUCUCCCGCAGACGCCAGGUAGCCCUGCGGCGCAAGUCAGCCGGACCCCAGGCCUGGAGUGUCCUGCUUGUGAAAGCCAUCAGCAAGUCGGGCCUCCAGCACCUGGCACCCCCUCUUCCUGUUCCCGGGGCCCUGUGCAGCGAGCCAGAGCAGCAGAUCAGGAGCACUGUGGACUGGAGCGAGUCAGCGACGUAUGGGGAGCACAUCUGGUUUGAGACCAACGUUUCAGGGGACUUCUGCUAUGUUGGGGAGCAGUACUGUGUAGCUAAGAUGCUGCAGAAGUCAGUGUCCCGGAGAAAGUGUGCAGCCUGCAAGAUUGUGGUGCACACCUCCUGCAUUGAACAGCUGGAGAAGAUAAAUUUCCGCUGUAAGCCGUCCUUCCGUGAAUCAGGCUCCAGGAACAUCCGUGAGCCAACCAUUGUGCGGCACCACUGGGUACACAGGCGACGCCAGGAUGGCAAGUGUCGGCACUGCGGGAAGGGCUUCCAGCAGAAGUUCACCUUCCACAGCAAGGAGAUUGUGGCUAUCAGUUGCUCCUGGUGCAAGCAAGCAUACCACAGCAAGGUGUCCUGCUUCAUGCUGCAGCAAAUCGAGGAGCCAUGCUCUCUGGGGGUCCAUGCUGCAGUGGUCAUCCCCCCCACUUGGAUCCUCCGAGCCCGCAGGCCCCAGAAUACCCUCAAGGCAAGCAAGAAGAAAAAGAGAGCAUCCUUCAAGAGGAAAUCUAGCAAGAAAGGGCUGGAGGAGGGCCGCUGGAGACCCUUCGUCAUCAGGCCCACUCCGUCUCCCCUCAUGAAGCCCCUGCUGGUGUUCGUGAACCCCAAGAGUGGGGGGAACCAGGGCGCUAAGAUCAUCCAGUCCUUCCUCUGGUACCUCAAUCCCCGACAAGUCUUUGACCUGAGCCAGGGAGGGCCCAGGGAGGCGCUAGAGAUGUACCGCAAAGUACACAACCUGCGGAUCCUGGCAUGCGGGGGUGACGGCACGGUUGGCUGGAUCCUCUCCACUCUGGACCAGCUGCGCUUAAAACCACCGCCGCCUGUUGCCAUCCUGCCCCUGGGCACUGGCAACGACUUGGCCCGUACCCUCAACUGGGGUGGGGGCUACACAGAUGAGCCUGUGUCCAAGAUCCUCUCCCAUGUAGAGGAGGGGAAUGUGGUGCAGCUGGACCGCUGGGACCUCCAUGCUGAGCCCAACCCCGAGGCAGGGCCUGAAGAGCGUGAUGAGGGUGCCACCGACCGGCUACCUCUGGAUGUCUUCAACAACUACUUCAGCCUGGGGUUUGAUGCCCAUGUCACCCUGGAGUUUCAUGAGUCUCGAGAGGCCAACCCAGAGAAGUUCAACAGCCGCUUUCGGAAUAAGAUGUUCUAUGCCGGGACAGCCUUCUCUGAUUUCCUGAUGGGCAGCUCCAAGGACUUGGCCAAGCACAUCCGAGUGGUGUGUGAUGGAACAGACCUGACCCCCAAGAUUCAGGACCUGAAACCCCAGUGCAUUGUAUUCCUGAACAUCCCCAGGUACUGUGCAGGUACCAUGCCCUGGGGCCACCCUGGGGAGCACCAUGACUUCGAGCCCCAGCGACACGAUGACGGCUACCUCGAGGUCAUUGGCUUUACCAUGACAUCCCUGGCAGCACUGCAGGUGGGUGGGCAUGGCGAGCGGCUGACACAGUGUCGCGAGGUGGUGCUCACCACGUCCAAGGCCAUCCCUGUGCAGGUGGAUGGUGAGCCCUGCAAGCUUGCAGCCUCAUGCAUUCACAUUGCCCUGCGAAACCAGGCCACCAUGGUGCAGAAGGCCAAGCGGCGGACAGCUGCCCCUUUGCAUAGCGACCAGCAGCCAGUGCCCGAGCAGCUGCAGAUCCAGGUGAGCAGAGUCAGCAUGCAUGACUACGAGGCCCUGCAUUAUGACAAGGAGCAGCUCAAGGAGGCCUCUGUGCCCCUGGGCACUGUGGUGGUCCCAGGAGACAGUGACCUAGAGCUCUGCCGUGUCCACAUCGAGAGGCUCCAGCAGGAGCCCGAAGGUGCUGGAGCCAAGUCCCUGACUUGCCAGAAACUGUCCCCAAAGUGGUGCUUCCUAGAUGCCACCACUGCCAGCCGCUUCUACAGGAUCGACCGGGCCCAGGAACACCUCAACUAUGUGACUGAGAUCGCACAGGACGAGAUUUAUAUCCUGGAUCCUGAGCUGCUGGGGGCAUCGGCCCGGCCUGACCUUCCAACCCCCACUUCUCCUCUCCCCACCUCACCCUGCUCACCCACACCCCAGUCACUACCAGGAGAUGUUGCACCUCCUAAAGGUGAAGAGCUGAUUGAGGCCGCCCAGAGGAACGACUUCUGUAAGCUCCAGGAGCUGCACCGAACUGGGGGUGACCUCAUGCACCGGGAUGAGAGAAGCCGCACGCUCCUGCACCACGCUGUCAGCACAGGCAGCAAAGAAGUGGUCCGCUACCUGCUGGAUCACGCCCCCCCAGAGAUCCUUGAUGCUGUGGAGGAAAAUGGGGAGACCUGUCUGCACCAGGCUGCAGCUCUGGGCCAGCGAACCAUCUGCCACUACAUUGUGGAGGCUGGAGCCUCUCUUAUGAAGACAGACCAGCAGGGCAACACUCCCCGGCAGCGGGCUGAGAAAGCUCAGGACACUGAGCUGGCCGCCUACCUGGAGAACCGGCAGCACUACCAGAUGGUCCAUCGGGAGGACCAGGAGACAGCUGUGUAGCUGAGGGACAGGGCCAGCCAGCGGGGCCCCUCCACCCCACCACACUGCCACAUUCCAGUCGGACUGGCCACGGGAGGACCCAUGCUCCAGGGAAGGAGCCCUGUGCUGCUGCCUAAGGAGCUGCCCAGACCUGAGGCUGGGCGCUGGGGGUACUCAGCUGUCCCCCGGAGCUCCCAGCUGAUGAAGAGGUUCACAGAGGAAAAGGAAACUGGACUGGGCUGGACAGGCCUGUGGGGGCCUGGAGCUUAGGCCCCAGAGGGGGAGGGCAGAGGAGUUUGAGGCCCUAUCAGGGAGCCUUCAGGAAGGCUUUUAGGGCCUUAAGGGGCCCCAGUGUGAGGCUCCUGGGAGCUCAGGCCCCCUCUCCUGUUCUGAUCCCACCCUCCCCAGGUUUCCUCCCAGAAAGCAGGAGCCUGCUGCAUUUACCUGCUCUCUGUCCCGCUUGGCACAUACCUGUGACCCUCCCCAUGUACCCAGUCAUUUCAUCACGGACUGUGGCCUGGGGGCUGGGGAGGGGCUCUCGUGGUGACAUGUUUACAGCUGGGUGUGACUCAGUAAAGUGGAUUUUUUUCCUUUC